AUGAUCUGUGCCAUUGUGCCCUUAGGGCGGCAGCGUCUGUUCGUUCGGGGAUACCAUACGAUGAGAGCCUUGGUCGUACAGGGACGCGACGUCACAGUAGAUCGUGCCAGACGAGUACCCGAGUUGAGAGACGACUCGUUACUCGUCCGGCCUUCAGCGAUCGCGCUCAACCCGACAGAUUGGAAAUCUGUCUCCUUUGGUAGAGCCGCCGAUGGGUGCAUCGUCGGCUGUGACUAUGCUGGCGUGGUGGAGGCAGUUGGCGUAGCGGUCGAAAAGCCCUGGCGACGCGGGGACAGAGUGUUCGGCUGCGGCCAUGGAGCAAACUUGAUGAACAAGGACGACGGGGUCUUUGCAGAGUACGCCGUCGUCAAGGGCGACUUGCAGAUGAGGAUCCCCGAGGGAUGGAGUUUCGAGAGAGCGGCAACAGUACCACUGGGGGCCAUCACUGUGGGACAAGGACUUUUUCGAACGUCAUUGAAGUUGGAUUUACCGGGCGAGUCGCAGCAACGCAAAGACAUCCCCGUGUUGAUAUACGGAGGGACGACAGCGACGGGAGCCCUCGGCGUGCAGUUCGCCAAGUUAGCAGGCUAUACAGUCAUCUCCACGAGCUUACCAGAGCAGUUCGACAGAGUCAAACGCCUCGGAGCCGAUUUUGUCUUCGACUACACGGAUCCUACCAUUGGUUCACAGAUACGAAAACUGACACAGAACAAAUUGAGAUACGCUUGGGACACCGUCAGCAUUCCUGAUUCGGCCAAAAUCUGCGCCGACGCUCUGUCAACCGAGUCCGCUUUGUGCCUCCGGUACGGGAACCUCUUGCCUGUCAAGUGUCUACGUGACGAUGUCGAAACCACUACGACUGUCAUGUAUACCGUGUUUGGGAAUUUCUUCAAGUUUGGGGACCAAGACAUGUCUGCAAGCCAGGAGGAUUUCAAAUUCGGGCGGAUGUUUUAUGAAUUGACGGAGAAAUUGUUGACCGAAGGCAAGCUGAAGAAUCAUCCCGAGCAAGUAAUGCCGGGCGGCUUGGAUGGAGUUAGGGAAGGGUUUGAAAUGCAAAAGGCGGGCAAGAUCAAGGGUGCCAAGUUGGUGUAUCGCCUUGCCGAUACAGCAUGA